CGCGGAGGGGCGCGAAGUCAGUCAGGUACCGCCUAAACUACGUCAUAAAUUGCCAAGAUGUCGCUUCUGCCCGCCUCAGCGGUCAACUGCCAUGGUUCCGCACUCGCAUGCACCACUAACGCACGCUUGUCAAGCACGCACACCGGUACACUGCGGAAUGCAUCUCCAUCCUGCUAUCGUACAAGCCUCUCCCCUUUCCAACCGCCAGCGCUAGUGCACUAUUCAAGCCAUAAACCAUAAGCAUGAUACCCAAUGCAAUAACAUGCAAGACCGUGCAGAUGCGCAGCCAAACUCCACCGCUGAGGCUAACUGAUCAAACGACUACAGGUGCUACCACGAGCCCAAAAGAGGAUCGAAGGAUGGGU